AUGAGAAAUCCUGUGAUGACUGUCAAUCCACCGCUGAUAGGGUCGGGACCACAGAGGAUCCAAUCUGUUCCCUCACAAUUUGAAGCUCGGUUUGUGGACAGAGAUUUGUUGUCUUCUGCGGACAUGAUGGUUCCACCUGACCCUAGGCAAAUCCACAUCACUUCCCGGUUGGGAGCAUCAGUUCCACCUCAUGUGAAUGUGCCUCAUGUUCUGUCUAAUGCUGUUUACCCAGGAUAUAGCUUUCUGCAGCCUGAAUCCAUGGAAACAGUGGCCAGAAGGCAAGAGUUGGUGCAGAAGCAGAAUCUGGCCAGGUGGAUGGAAAUGGGCACCAUUUUUCAACAAAGGGAGCUAGGAAAAGCUCAGCAUAAAGGACUGAUGGGUUUGGGUUUGGAGACAUCAUUCUUGUACCAACAUGGUAUCCCUACAAGCCCAGUUGCCUUCCGAGGAAGGAGCAGGCUUCCUGAAGUGCAUCUUUCCAAUGACCUCUAUGUGCACAGAAGCUCUCUGGAUGACCUGCAUGCUAACAGCAGGCUAAUGACCACUGGUCCAUACCCGCCAGUCAGCAGCUGGCACAAAGAGAAGGGUCGCCGGCUAGGGAGAAGAAUGGGAAAUCAUAAAGCUGCCACUUGUAAUGCUAGGAGUUCCAAAGGCCAAGAGGAAGACAAAAAUCCAGAUCAGACUCUCCCAGUUUCAGCUACAGAAAAAGAGACUAAGAAAGACCUUGACAUUGAGCCACACCCCAAAUAUGAGCCAAGUCAAAGUGAUGGGGAGUCUGCCAUUAUACCCACCAAGAGCCUCAAGGAACCCAAGCACAGCCCCCGAAAACCCUGUGAGGAACAUGGUUGGGCCGUUGAAGCAAACGACAGUGGAACAGGGGACCUGUUUUUAAAUGGGGAAGAUCUUUCUUCAGUUGAAGAUAUUCGGAAAUGGGCUGUGGAUGAUGUGUAUGACUUCAUUACGGGGCUCCCGGGUUGUUCAGACUAUGCACAGAUAUUUAGAGACCAUGCAAUUGAUGGUGAAACCUUGCCCUUGCUCACAGAGGAGCAUCUUUUGGACACUAUGGGCUUAAAACUUGGACCAGCCCUAAAAAUUCGUUCUCAGGUACGGUCAUUUAAUGACAUGAAAUAUCAAAUAAUGAAGCCUGAAGGCUGUUGA